AUGCCGAACGCAAAUGCUUUGAGCAAGAAGCCUUCAUCGAACAUAAUUGGAAUAGAUCUGGGAACUACAAAUUCCUGUGUAUCUGUAGUCAAGAACGGGGAGCCUGUAAUAAUAGAAAAUCAAGAGGGAGAGCGUACAACGCCUUCUGUGGUAUCCAUACUGAAAGAUGAAGUUCUUGUCGGUAGCCAAUCGAAGAGCAAGAUACUGACCCACCCCAAGAACACGGUAUUUGCAUCUAAGAGGUUGAUAGGAAGGAAACUUGAAGACCCAGAGGUUAAGAAGUAUGUGAAGGGGCUCCCGUUUGAUACGACAUCUCAUUGUAACGGGGAUGUCUGGAUAAAGGUUGAUGGGAAAAAGUACUCACCUGCACAGAUUGGAGCGUUCAUACUUUCAAAGCUCAAGAGAAGUGCAGAGUCGUUUCUGAAUCACUCUGUUGUGAAGUCGGUCAUAACGGUUCCUGCCUACUUCAAUGAUAGCCAGCGCCAGGCAACAAAGGAUGCGGGAAGGAUAGCAGGGCUUGAUGUUGUGAGGGUCAUCAAUGAGCCAACAGCCGCAGCGCUUGCCUACGGGCUGGACAAGUCGGCGAGAGGGAACAUUGCAGUCUAUGACCUUGGAGGAGGAACCUUUGACAUAUCGAUACUCGAGUUGAGCGACGGGGUAUUCCAUGUGAAGGCCACUAAUGGAGACACUUUUCUUGGAGGAGAGGAUCUUGACAACGAGGUUGUGAGUUUUAUUGUAAAGGACUUUAUGGAGAAGGAGGGGAUCGACCUUGGCAGAGAUGUGAAUGCUUUGGCAAGAAUCAAAGAGUGUGCAGAGAAGGUAAAGAAGGAUUUAUCUUCGUCUGUUGUCUCAAGAAUUGACAUACCUUACAUAUGCAAUGUUGGAGGAGAAGCGAAGCACUUAUCUAGAGAGAUCACUAGAAGUGAGUUUGAGAAAAUCGUUGAGAAAAUUGUGAACAGGACGAUUGAGCCAUGCAAGAAAGCACUUGCAGAUGCAGGACUGGACUCUGCGGAUAUUAAGCAUGUGAUAUUGGUUGGGGGGAUGACAAGAAUGCCCUAUGUAAGGAAAGUGGUCAAAGAGAUUUUUGGGAUUGAGCCUUCUACCGAGAUUAACCCUGAUGAAGCAGUUGCGAAGGGAGCAGCCCUUCAGGGAGGUGUCCUUGCAGGAGAAGUUGAUAAUGUACUUCUCUUGGAUGUAGCACCGCUAAGCCUUGGAAUUGAGCUUCUAGGAGGAGUGUUCAGCAAGAUAAUAAGAAGAAACACAACCAUUCCAUUUAAAGAAACACAGAUAUUCUCUACCUCUGAAGACAACCAGACAGAUGUCGAUAUCAAGGUGUAUCAGGGUGAAAGGGCCAUGGCAGCAGACAACAAGUAUUUGGGACAGAUAAAGCUCAAGAACAUUCCUCCCCUCCCCAGAGGAGUUCCUAAGAUUGAGGUGACAUUUGAGUCUGAUGCUAAUGGAAUGUACAGAGUGACUGCACAGGACAGUGUUACAAGAACGCCUCAAUCACUUGAAAUAAUACCAUCCAGCGGAUUGACGGAAAAGGAGAUAGAUAGAAUGGUGAGAGAGGGAGAGGAGCUCAAGAAUCUAGACGAGAUGAAGAGAAGGAAGGCUGAGGUUACUAUUUCUGUAGGGGAGCUUCUCAGAAGAGGAUAUAAUGAGCUGAGGAAGGCCCCUGAGGACAGUUUAAGCAAGCUUAGAAAGGUGGCGAGGGGUGAAGACUUCGACCUAGAGGAAACAGAGCAGAUAUUAUUGGAUGUAAAGAAAGCAAUAUCCAAAUGA